AACACAUUAACACUUGAAAGAGACAAUGGGACCAUUGUCCUGUGCUUAAAUUCCAGCUUUUUCGUGGACGACACGAUCCGAUUCUGCCGCUAACUUUCUCUUCUCUCUCUCUCUCUCUCAAAACCCUUCUUUUUCUUCUUCUUCUUGUUCUUGUUCUUGAUAGUUCUUGAAUUCAAGAAUCAAGAAAAUCAAUGUAAAUGGAAGAUCAUCAUCACAAUCACCAUAGCCAGUAUAAUAUAGAUCUCAGGCAAUUCAUAAGUGGAAGACCUACUCUUAAUCAUUUCCCUCCACCGCCUCCGCCGCCGCCUCCUGAUCAUCUCUUCUCCAGUAUCCACAGGAGUCUCCACCCGCCGCCGCUGCUGCCACACGGCCAGCCCUAUGACAUGAUGUAUAUGAUGCAUCGCGGCGGCGGGGGAGGGUUACAUGAGUUCCACUCUGACUCUAGCGCUGCUGCUGCUGGUGGUGGUGGUGGUGGUUGUGUUCCUUCUUCUGGAGCUGUGAGUGGUGCUGCUAAUAGUAGUGGAACACUGAGUGGGCUAGAGGCGGAGGGUGGUUGUUCUUUUGGUGGUGACGGUGGUACUGGAAGAUGGCCGAGGCAAGAGACUUUAACUCUUCUUGAGAUCAGAUCUCGUCUUGAUUCCAAGUUUAAAGAGGCUAAUCAAAAGGGUCCUUUGUGGGAUGAGGUUUCUAGGAUCUUGUCUGAAGAACAUGGGUAUCAAAGAAAUGGCAAGAAAUGCAGAGAAAAAUUUGAAAAUUUGUACAAAUAUUACAAGAAGACUAAAGAAGGAAAAGCAGGAAGACAAGAUGGUAAGCAUUAUAGAUUCUUUAGACAACUUGAAGCUCUUUAUGGAGAAACAAGCAACUCCACUUCAAUGCUCCCAAAUAGUACCCAAUUUGUAGCAAAUAGUACUACUCUUCAAUUUCACAAUUCAAAUACUAUCCAACCAAAUCAAGAAAUCUUCCACUCUCAAAAGCUUUGUGAUAGUCUUAGCCUCUCUAAUUCGUCGGAAUUCGGUACUUCUUCUUCGGAAGAAAAUGAUUUAAGCACGGAUGCACUAGUGGAGAAUGAUUCGACGGAGAGGAAGAAGAAGAGAAGAGACGGGAGGAAUUGGAAGGCGAAGAUUAAAGAGUUCAUCGAUUCGCAAAUGAGGAAACUAAUCGAAAAGCAAGAAUCUUGGUUGGAGAAGUUGACAAAAACUAUUGAACAAAAAGAACAAGAAAGAAUCUCAAGAGAGGAAGAAUGGAGAAAACAAGAGUGUGCAAGAAUUGAUAGAGAGCACAAGUUUUGGGCUAAAGAACGAGCAUGGAUCGAAGCUCGCGACGCUACGCUAAUGGAAGCCUUGCAAAAAAUAACAGGAAGAGAUCAAUUAGAUGCUUCAUCUCCUCAUCCGAACGAGAUCAUUCGAAACACGAGCGAAAAUCUCAAUGAAAGUGAUCAAACUAUUGUCAAGAUUAGUGAACAUCAAAGCUGGCCGGAUUCCGAGAUUACAAGACUAAUGCAACUAAGAGCCGGCAUGGAAUCAAGAUUCAAUCACUGUGGGUGCAUUGAAGAAGAGGAGGCUCUAUGGGAAGAAAUUGCAGCUAAAAUUUCCUGCUUAGGAUACGAAAAAAGUGCCUUAAUGUGCAAGGAAAAAUGGGAAAUCAUCAACAAUUUCAUGAGAAAAACCAAGGAGAAUCACAGCAAGAAACGCAAAGAGAAUUGCUAUAAUUUCCAAAGCAAUGAUCAUCAUCAGUCAAUGUACAACCAAGGAUCAGGACCCUACUGUGAAAUCAAUGAUCAAGGUCAAGAAAGUUCAUCACCAGCAAACUCUAACGCAGUAGGUGAUAGCUGUUUUCGUUUCAUGAUGAGUGAUGGAGAAAAUUUUUGGGAGAAUUAUGGGCUGAAACUUAGUAAAGGAGAUCAUCCAAAUAACCAGUAAACAAUAACAGAACGUUCUGACAGUUUGUUUAGUUGGUCUAGCUAGUAAGCUGCAUGGUGAUGAUGAUGAUAUGAUGAUGAGGAUGAUGAUGAAGUUGACUUGUAGAUGGGACCUGAUUUCAGUAUGUAAGCAAUUGCUGACUUAGGAUUUACUAUUGGGAUUGAUGUUCAUCGUUUCAUGGGUCUUUUUAAAUUAAUUAUGGACAAUUUUUAAGAUCAAAAUAUAUUUGUUUUUUUUUUAUG